UCCACUGCGGGUUAAGACCGUUCCCAUGUGACGGACUCUCGCGUUACGAAAAGAAAACUUCUCCGCCCGCUCUGUUGGAAUCCUGGGCCGUUCCAGCUGCCCUCUAUCUGGAGAGAUCUACCUGAGAAGGCAGAGGGACGCAUUCAACCUGCAGUGGGCCUGUGCUUGGAUGAGUGUUUCUUGUGCUUCCGUACUAGAGGCAGCUUCCCUCUCCUGGCUUAUAGCUUGUUCCCAGCCCUUGUGUGGAAAAAAAAGGGGCUUUAUCAUAUGACGCAUGAAGCAGGCUGCCUAUGUGUUUGUGGCCUCUGUCAAUAUUUGCCAGGGCCUUGGACAGGGAGGGGAGGAGCCGAGAAACGCACGCACUCACAUCCUGAUCGCCAGGAAUCUGGGCCGGUGAUCCGGAAUUUCCUCGGUGAGUCUCGGGGAAUGCUGGCCACCGCUGGUGUGCCGAGGGGCUGGAGAUGAAGGACAGGCUGGAGGAGCUGAGGGGUUACAGGGAGGAGGAGGAAGAGGACGCCGAGGGGGGCUGCGAAUCCCCGGGGUACAAAAAUCCAGCUUUCGAGGAGGAGCCCGCCACAGGGAUCGCGGAGUUCUUCAGGGUUGUCACCGGGAUUUGCGGAGAGCUGGACGGGCUGCAGGCGCUGUCGGACGACAUUGCCGUCAAGCAGGCCCAGGUGCUGUGCAGCACGACGAAGGAGCAGGUGUGUGCGGAGAAGCAGCUCCUGGCGGAGCUGAAGGGCCAGUUCGCCGCCCAGGCCAGGGGCAUCCAGGCCCAGCUGUCCAGGAUGAGGGAGGAGGAGGCGGGCUGGCAGGGCAUGAGCGCCGAGCGCCGCAUCCACCAGUGCCACUGCCACACGCUGGCCCGGCGGCACAGGGAGGUGGUUGCGCGGCACUACGCCCGCGAGACGGAGUACGUGGGCCGGCUGAAGGAGCAGAUCGUGCGCCAGACCCAACUGGCGGGGCUGCAGCUGCCGGAGCAGGAGGUGCAGAGGCUGGUGGAGAGCCCCCAGGCCCCGCAGCUCGUGGGCUCCGACAUCCAGGUGCUGCAGGCCCGCCAGCACCUGGCCCUGGCCCAGGAGCGGCACCACCAGCUGCUGGCGCUGGAGCAGCAGAUCGCCGAGCUGCACGGCCUCUUCCUCAGCCUGGAGGCGGCCGUGGCCGAGCAGCAGGCGCGGCUGGACUGCAUCGAGUACAACGUCCUGCGCGCGGUGGACUACGUCUGCGAGUCUGGCCAGGAGGUCAAGAAGGCCCUGCAGUACAAGCGGCAGUCCCGCCUGGCUGCCCUGGUGUCCGCUGUGCUGGGGCUGUGCGCCUGCUGCGCCUGCCUGUCCUGCGCUGCCCGGCACGCGCCCUGACCCCCCCCCCCCUGCAGGGGGGGGGACCCUGCUGGACCAGCCGAGGAGCAGAGCUCAGACCUGCCUUUUACUGCACUUUCAGCGUCUGUGUGUGUGUGCGUGGUUGCAAGUGUGUGUGCGUGACUUGUCUGCGAUUGCAAAAUGACUGUGUAUACGUGGCGUAAGUCUUGCAGUGUUGCGCCGCUUCACAGCACAUGUACCCAACCGGACUUGAGUUUCAUUGUAAGAAUCAGGAACUUAUUUAUUAUAAAAUCUUGUAUGCACAGCA